AUGUCAGAAAACGUGCACGGGAAUAGCUAUGCACCUAGUGAGGCUAGUUCGGGUGGACAAGACACGGGAUGGACAAGUGUGUGCGAAGUGCGAUCGGCCAAUGCAAUGUCCGAAGGUCCGAUGCGCUGGAUCCGAUACGGAGUGGCUUGGACAUGUGCGAAGGUUAUCUGGACUCAUGGUACAAUACUUCCAACUGACGAGGAGGUUGAAGCAUUUAACCAUCAUGGACUUAUGCAUGGUAUAGUAGCCACUCUCACGGAUGUCAAUACAUUUCGUGCUAGCCUCUUUACAUUGCGAGAUGGUUCUCUUCUGGUCCAUUCGGUAUCAACAUAUUGUCGACAUAUAUAUUACCACAAUUAUUGGACUAACAAUGCCGACUCAACACACAUGUACUAUGCUGGUGUUCCCAGCGUCAUUCAGGCCACGAGGCAUUUCUAUAUUGAAGCUGCGCUGAUGGAGCUUUUUGCAGCAACAAAAGUCUUUGGAUGGAUGUCUAGCAUGAACUGUGCUCGUGUGUACAACUAUGCACUUGCUCAAUGGCAUGCCUACAUCUUGAACAACAGACACACUUUCAACGCUACACUUUCACAAGCUUUCGACAACAAAUUUUUGUGGCAAUAUACCCUUCAAAUGCGCGACACUGAUGUUCUGAAUGGUUUUUUUAUCUACUCACUGCUACUGGAGAAGGCAGAGCACAACAGUUGCCUUGUUCUCCCCCAUGACGAGCAAGGUAUCAGGCAGGAAGCAUAUCUGCAUGCCUGUGACUUAUGCUUCAUUGUUGUCAGUGACGACCCAAAAUUGAAGAUUCAAGCAGCUGUUUGUGAUGGUAAUACCAUCGGGCACCCUUGCUGUGCAGUGCAUGACUGCAAAGUCCUGCUUAUGACCAACUGUCAUUGUUUCUGUCCAGACCAUCAAGACUUGAACCAGUGGUGUGGGGUUGAUGGCUGUGAUGAGGUUCAUGCCUCUGGAUCUCGAACAUGCGGCAAUGUGAACCACCAGGCUCUUGAAGAUGCCUACUUCAAGCCCACAAAAGCUCUUUUCCAGCUGCGAGCACAGCUCAAGAGGGCUGGCAUUACCUUGCCCUUGGACUCUGUUCCUUCACCCUCUGAUAGUGGCAGUAGCUCUAACAGUACUGAUGAAGAUCUCGAGGCAAUUCUUGACUUGGAGUGUGAUGGUAAGCCGGAGAACAGCAACAAACACCUCAGAGCACAGUUUGCACGGGCUACGUUUUUUGGGUCUGAGGCCGUCUCUGCUGUUAAUGAAUUUGUAAAGGUGGUAUUUCCUACUGCUGCAUCAACACCUGAAUACUUCGUCUUUGACAACAACUGCAAGCUCUGUGCCCACCAAGACGCUAGUGGUGAUGACCACUUCGCCGCAACAGGGAUGCCUGUGGAUGAAACUGACACCUACUGUCAGCAGCACUGCAACCCUGCUGCUUUCCCAGAGCUCAUUUCCGGCAGCAAGUGGCGAUUCAAUACAUCCAUUUGCGAACAGACAAACAUCUGGCUAGGUGGGUAUCAAGCAAUCCUCCGGAACAUGUCCGUACACUGGUAUAACUUUUAUUUUGAUGAGAUGAUCAAACAUUGGAACCGCUAUGUUAUCUUGGAGUUGGAGAGAUGA